GAUAAAGGAAAAAUAACAGAAUAUAAAACAAAACAAAAUAGAGCUGGUCCAUUUCUGGACCCAAACAAAACAGAUAGAAACUCAAGGAACUGGAAAGACCACUCUUCAGCUCCUUCGUCUUCUUCACAAGCUCGAGCUAUGGUUCGGCGGCGAUCGGAAAGGGGCAGGCAGCUGUAACUCCAGAUCUUGUUCACCUCAUGGUCCAAGAGGAAGCUAGCUUGAGUAGAAGACAUUGGAGACACUCAAAAUUCUCACUAGCGCCAUGACUCUAACUCGUUGAAGACUCCUUCAGCAUAGCUUUAUAGGACCAAAAAGCUUUGUAACAACACAUGUAACUAAGAUCGGCAUCUAGCGUAUCGUUGAUCAGUUGAACACUUCAGAGUCUUGUGAUAAUCAUGCCUCCACGAAGAGCUGUCAGAUGUCAUCCUGCUAGGCGUAAUGUUAAACCACAGGAACUAGGGGUACCUACUGCACCAAACGUGCAACCCCAAGGAGAGGUAACCAAUGCUGAGUUUCGUAAGGCUAAGAUGCUAAGUCAAGCUGUGACUAAUCAGGUUGGGCAACAAAGAGGAGCUCGACAAGUAGAGGCUGACACUUCGAGAAUUCGUGAUUUCUUGAGGAUGAACCCUCCAAGUUUCAUUGGUUCAAGCACCACUGAGGAUCCAGAGAACUUUAUUGAGGAACUGAAAAAGGUAUUUGAUGUUAUGCACGUUGUCAAUAUUGAGCGAGUUGAACUAGCUGCAUAUCAAUUGAAGAAUGUUGCUAGGACUUGGUUUGACCAGUGGAAGAAGGGUAGAGCUGAGGGAGCACCACUUGCGAGUUGGGCAUGUUUUGAAGAGGCCUUCUUCGGGCGUUUCUUUUCUCGAGAACUGAAAGAGGCUAAGGUAUGAGAGUUCCUUACCCUUAAGCAAGAGUCACUAAGUGUUCAUGAGUAUGGGUUGAAGUUCACCCAACUAUCUCGCUAUGCUCCGGAGAUGGUUGCGGAUAUGAGGAGUAGAAUGAGUCUGUUUGUUGCUGGGUUGUCCCGUCUAUCAAGCAAAGAGGGAAGGGCAGCGAUGCUAAUUGAGAACAUGGAUAUAUCGAGGUUAAUGGUAUAUGUGCAACAUGUUGAGGAAGAGAAGCUGAGGGAUAGAGAGGAGUUUAAGAACAAAAGAGCUAAGACAGGGAACAAGUCCGGGUAGCAGAAGAGUAAUGCCAACCGAUCAUCCUUCCAACAGAAACAGAAGGGGCUGCUCCAUCAUCUGCUAGUGCACCAACACCAAAUAAUAAGAGUGAGGACAAUAGUCAGAAUUUCAGAGCCAAGCUUGCCUAUUCUUAGGGUAGUAUCGUGCAAGGGGGUAGUAAGCCACCUGCCUGUACUAAGUGUGGUAGGAACCACUCAGGUACAUGUCGUGAGGGCUCCACUGGUUGUUUCAAGUGUGGCCAGAAUGGGCAUUUCAUGCGAGAGUGUCCAAAAAACAAGAAGGGUAAUGGUAAUGAGGGCAAUAGAGCACAGUCUUCUUCUGUUGCUCCACCAAACAGAGCUGCAUCUAGAGGGGCUACUUCCGGUACUAGCGGAGGAACAAACCGCCUAUAUGCUAUCACCAGUCGCCAGAAACAAGAAGAUUCGCCAGAUGUUGUCACUGGUAUGAUCCAAGUCUUUAACUCUAAUGUUUAUGCUUUGCUAGA